AUGGAUGCGUUGCCGGAUGCCGAGAUGGCACGACCCGGUCAGACCUACUCCGAGUCUCCCGACGUGCUAGAACCACUCGCGAAAAUGAUGUUAUCCAGCGAGUUUAUUGAGACAUGUGUUUUGGGGACCAUCACUAAAUUCCUUUGGACGCUCAACGUGGUGGCCAGGGAACAACCCGUCUCAUGCGGCCUAUCCACACAGCAACAAGAGUACGUCCGACGCUGGGUGGACGAGUACGGUGACCUCGCAUCCGUACAGAACAUCAUCCCUAUGCGUUUGGUUAAACCACUACCAGACUCCCUCGAAUCCCUUGCUAAGACCUACGACAAAAUUUUCGUUGCUCGGGACGCUGAAACAGGAGACGAGGUCUCGUUCCCAUUUCCCUAA